AUAUUAAGCUCCAAUGUAAGAUCUUGAGAUGGAUAGCUUCCACUAGCACCACCAACCGAAGAAUCACACGUGCAAGUACAACUCAAGUGGUGAAGGACCUCUCACAUUCGCUAAGACAUUCAUUGUAGCCAAUCUUUGAUACGACUUUUAAUAGUUCCUAUACAUCUUAUUUAAUCACUCGAGAUCUAAGUAGGCAUUAAAAUAGAUAUCUUGAAUCCUCACGACUUGGACGGCUUAAAUAAUUGUCUUAACAUUUACUCUCCAAGGCUCAAAUAAUUAUCUUAACAUUUACUUUUAAUUAUAAGUAGAUAUUUAAGCUUAGUCAAACAUGCCAAAUACAAAAGUAUAGUCUAUUAGCCAGCAAACCCUUCAAGUUUCAAAGAGGGAAAAAGAAAUAAAUAAUGAAUAGAAUAGAAUAGUGGCUAGGAAUUUUAUAAUCUAACGUAUUGUCCCCUUAUCCCAACUGACCUUUCGACCUUUCCAAGGGUCCAUAAUUCCACUGCUUUGCCAUGUCUUCGACUUCUUAUAUCAUAGACAUACUCCAAAUACGAUAUUAUUGCCGGAAUUGAUAAAAGACUGAAGAAAUGGGUGUGCAGCUUCAUGCGAGUAAUGCCCACAUCCAGAUCUUUUUGCCACGAGCACUUGUGCCAUCACUGUACAGAUUUUCUCCAUUGAAUUCAUUAAGAUCUUCUUGUAAUUCUGCAAAGACCAUUGGGCUUAGAACAGAAAAGGGAUUUAGAAAAAGGAAAUUGAGAGUACUUGCAUCGUCGAGUAAUGUGGCUGCACCAGUUUGGGAUGGCUGGGUACCCGAUAAGGGUUCUAAAGCUCCUUCUCUUAGUGAAAUUUUUUGGCCUUCUGCAGGGGCAUUUGCUGCGAUGGCUAUACUAGGAAAGAUUGAUCAAUUGUUGGCACCAAAAGGGAUUUCCAUGACAGUUGCUCCGCUGGGUGCGGUUUGUGCUGUCCUCUUUGCCACUCCCUCAUCUCCGGGUGCCAGGAAAUACAACAUAUUUGUGGCUCAAAUUGGUUGUGCAGCUAUUGGUGUUCUGGCAUUCUCAAUAUUCGGUCCAGCUUGGCUAGCUAGGAGUGCAGCCCUUUCCGCGGCCUUAGCCUUCAUGAUUUUCUCUCGUGCAGUACAUCCUCCAGCUGCAAGCUUGCCAUUACUGUUCAUCGAUGGAGCUAAGCUUCAUCAUUUGAAUUUUUGGUACUCUUUGUUCCCUGGUGCUGCUGCAUGCAUUAUCCUCUGUUUAAUUCAAGAGAUUGUAAGCUACUUGAAGGAGAAUUUUAAAUUUUGAUGGGGCAAGCUCCCAAGAUGUUGGUGAUGAAAUUAAAAUCUAUUGCUGUAAUUUUGCAGAAGGGUUGUACUCGUAUCAGUAAAUAUUAACAUCAUUCUUUGCAUCAAAUUAAUUUUGAUACGAGUAAA